CUAGUAGAAGGCUUGUCAUGGCCAUCUAAUUGUAUCAUGGUGUAAAAUAAGAUCCAUUUAAGAUUUCCAUGGAGGAACUCCUGAAGCGAGAACUGGGGACUAGCCGCUUGGAGCCUUAUGGGUUUGGGGGUGGGGGCUGUAUUAGCAGUGGCCAGGGAUAUGUCACAGACACAGGAAGAAUAUUUGCAAAACAUAAUUCCAAAUCUGAGGCAAGGCGUAUGUUUGAUGGAGAAUAUGCAAGUUUAGAGGCAAUUGAUAAGACAGAAACCAUAAGAGCUCCUAAACCUAUAAAGGUGAUAGACCAGCCAUCAGGUGGCGCUGUGUUAGUGGCAGAAUAUGUCGAUAUCAAAAGUCUUUCAAAAUAUGCGUCACAACUGGGAGAGCAGCUGGCACAAAUGCACCUUUAUAAUGAUGAGGUUGGGAAAAGAUUAUCUCUCCAAGAAAGCUCUGUCCACAAAGAUGAAAGCCUAGAAUAUGUGUCAAGGUUUGGUUUCCCGGUGACAACAUGUUGUGGGUACCUUCCACAGGAUAACACAUGGCAGGAUGACUGGGUGGUGUUUUUUACGAGACAAAAAUUACAGCAACAACUGGACCUUAUAGAAAAAGAGUAUGGAGACAGAGAAGCCAGGGAAUUGUGGCCGCAACUAUUACGUAAAAUUCCUGACUUUUUCAAAGGCAUAGACAUCAAACCUGCGCUUUUACAUGGUGACCUUUGGGGUGGGAACCUAGGAGAAUGUGACACAGGACCAGUGAUUUUCGACCCGGCUUGUUUCUAUGGCCACCAUGAGUAUGAACUUGGGAUUAUGAUGAUGUUUGGGGGGUCAGGCUCACAGACUCUGACACCCUACCACAAACUUAUCCCCAAAUCUCCAAGAUUUGAAGAGCGUCAUAAGCUCUACCAGUUAUUCCAUUAUCUGAACCAUUGGAAUCACUUUGGAGGUAGCUACAGGCACCAGUCCAUUGGAAUAAUGCGAAGUCUUAUCAAGAAAUAG